AUGGCACCAAGAGGACGAGGAGGGAAGUUCUCGAAGCCUACCAGAGGAGGUGGAAAGCAUUUCUCCCGCGACCUGCAACCGCUUGACAAAGAAGGCAAUCAGAUGGGCAUGUGGCGUGAACCAGGAGAGAAAGCAGCGUCUUCGGAGGAGGAGGAAGAAGACGAAGAAACCUCAGAAGAAGAAUCCUCAGACGGCGGCGAGGGCUCCUCUACUGCGGCCAAAGAAGGCGGACAAGAGUUGACCCGGGAACAACGCAAGGAAAUAGCCCGCAAGAAGAAGCUCCAAGCCAUCGCCAAGAAGAAUCAAAAGGUCGCGGCGCCUGGAGACCUGCCAAGCAGCUCUGAAGAAGAGGAAGAGGAAGAGGCCGAUGACGACAUGCCGGCGAAUCCCAACCACACACAAAAGGCUCGUUCCAUGGCACGAGCGGUGACUGGGGCAAGUGGCGAGGCACCAAAGAAGGCUGACGGCGAGAACCUCAGCAGACGUGAACGAGAAGCCCUUGCCGCACAACAGGCCAAAGAGCGAUAUCAGAAAUUGCAUGCUGAGGGCAAGACCGACGAAGCACGUGCUGACCUCGCACGGCUUAAGCUGAUCCGAGAGCAACGUGAGCAGGCCGCUGCACGGAAGCAAGCCGAGAAGGAGGAACGCGAUGCACGUGAGAAGGAGAAGAAUGACCGUGAGACCAAGUUGAGGGAGGCGGCCAUGGGUGGUGGCGGAGCCAAGACUGCUAGGAAAGGCAAGAAAUGA